AUGAUGGACACUAUCACUGAUGACGCGCCCAAGCAACGUGUAUUUCACUUCGGUUACUCCCCUACCGUUAAUUGCGCAUGGAAAUAUCUGAUUCCAGUCAAUUGUCGCAAUACACCGAGACGUCAGCUUGGUGUACCUGUGCUUGUGCCGCUAGCUGGGAUCAUGACGCGUCUUGAUUCAUCAGCGCAGCCUCGCAUAAACGUAUAG